AUGGGUAAGAGAAAGAGUCCGAAAAAGACAUCGAGUUUAGGAGGUGCUGAAGCGACGAAAGUGACGUCAGAUGAUGAAAAGAAAAGUGUGAUGAGGAUUGCAAGACUAUUUAUGACAAUGCAGAAGAAAGGUGUAGUUUGGAAUAGACGAGAACGCGAGGGAAUCAAGUUGAUUGAAGGGUUCCAGUCGGCACUGUUGGCUCUUCGAGAUGCUCAAACGGUAGCGCCCAUUGCAGCUGAUAGAGAAAAGGAGAAAGUGGAAGCAGUUGUACAGGAUAAAGUGGUAAGUAAUGUGGUACAUGAUCCGUGGCUGACGGAGGACUUGUACCAAGAGAUACAGAAGCUGUCGAGUGGGUUCGAGGAAUUGUUGGAGGAAAUGUGCACGCUGCAAGUCCAGGCGAGAGAGAUCGUGCUGGGAAGGAAGGAUGACGUUGACCAGCAAGUCGAAGCGACGCAAUUGAGACCCGUAGACUACCUUCAGAUGAUGAGUCAGGAGCUGGCGACGUUUGAAGCAGAGUAUCAGCACAUCGAAGCGCUGCUGAGACUCAUCUCGUUUGAGACUUCUACGGACGAGCUGCGCACUCUCCUCAUCUCGUGGAGUACCUCACCCUUCCUUCAUCCAGAUCAGACUCGUCACUUUCUUCAGCGUCACUUGCUUUCCAACCAACUGCACACAUAA